AUCGCACAAGCCUAAACCCGCCCCGCCCCAUAGUCAUCCCUAUACGAGAAUGUCAAAAUCUAACAUAAAAACCCUAUUCCUUUAUUUCUCUAUGAUAAACUAGUAAACUGUGCGGCGACCACGGCGACGGCGACGGCAGCGACGAGAGUCGUGAAUUGUUUUUUGUUUUCAAGAUUGUUACCCUUAUCUGUGGUCAUAUACACUAGUUCAUGAUGGGAAUUGAAGAUAAAACAUUGUUUUGUUUCUGUCACUGGGGCAAAAGGAAUAAGGUUCUACCAGAUGGAUCCAUUUCGUAUGAGGGAGGUAUUACUGAUCAGGUUAUUGCAAAGACGGGCGUAAAGUAUGAUGAUUUUGUGAUUGCGGUUUUUGACCGCUUAGGUAUUGAUGCUUCAGAUAAGAUGUUGUUUUUUACGGUGAAGUUUGAUAGGUCAGAAUUGAUACGGCUGAGGGACCAAGCAGUUAUCGAUACUAUGCUGCAUUUUAAUGAUAGCUAUGUUCACAUUUAUGCAUCAAGUCUGGAGAAGGAGCCUGAUUCUAGGCCUCCAUCAGGUGGCACGAAAAACAUUGGACAUACUAUUGCUUCUGAUAAACAACCAGAUACUACUCCGAUAGCUGAUGAUCCGAAUGGUAAUAAGUGUGGAGUUUUAUCUGAAACUGUUGAAGGAAAGCUACCACCUCAUCAAGAACCAUUUUUCGGGCAAAACAAUAUUCAAAACGAUCUCAAUGCUCUGUUCCGCAAGCGGUAUUACCUUAGACAGAAACAACUAACUUCAUCUGGAAGCCUGGAAACGUUCUGGAGAAAGUGUGACACUUGCGACACUAGCUACUUAUGUUACAGGAAAGAUGUCAACCAUGCUCUGCGCUGCACGACAUGUACUACAUUUGAUUUAGAUCCCAAGGGUGCAGCUUGUAGACCGAAACAGAGUCAGCCUGGAGGCCAGGAUAAGCACCUUGAAUCUAAGCUCAACGAGCCUUUAAAGCAGACAGAGCUUCCUAACCAAGAAACCUUGAGAAUGACUGGGGGCAGCGCUUGGUUUCAACCUACCCAAACAGGAUCCCAACAGGUUGCUGCAACGACAAUGGAGGCUUGCAAAAGCAGGAAAAGAUAUCGGAACCAGACAACUGAACCGAGUGAAAGUGAUGAUACUUCAAUCAAUGUGGAUACGGAAGAUGCGAAAAGUGAAAUAAUUCGAGAUAGUAAACCUUGAAAGUACAAGGUGGUGGUGGGGUGGAGGCGAGGGUGAAAUGGUCCUUUUUUAUUUUUUUUCUUUAGUCGACUAGCUAUGCAAGUGCAUAGAACGAAAGUGACACCAAAUGUUUUUAUACAGGUUGGGAUCUGGAAUGGAUCGUAAUCCAGGCCCCUUGGGUUGCAAGGGCGUUCUCUUCUAGACGUGAGUAUCUUGAUUUGUAGACAAAUGAUGAGUAUAGCUCCUAUGUCUACACUCUGUUUUUCUCUGUUCUUUCUAUUUUGAUAAAACGCCUUAUCAACUA